AUGGAAAGGAAAACGACACAGAAGUGUUACUGUGGGGACGUUUUAGGAGGCGUUCUUCCUAUUCUGAAAGGCCAGUGUCUUUGUUUAUCAGCGGUGGAGUUUGUCUGUUUGUUGUUGUUGUUUUCUUCUGUCAGAGCAGAGGAUGAGUGUCCGUUAUCCUGUAUCUGUGCAAGAGACUCCGGGACAGUGACCUGCCGUGACAACGAGGACACCGAGUUACCGGGAGACAUACCGGCGUGGGCGACCACGUUAAUACUCCGGGGGAACAACAUCUCAACCUUGCCGGGUGGAGGGUUCUCCUCGAAUAACGGGACAAAACUCGAGCUAACGACCCUCUCACUGUCACAUAAUGGAAUCAUGGUGAUCGAGGCUGACGCUUUCACAGGACUCCCACGGUUGCGUUUGCUGGAUUUGAGUCACAAUCGGUUGGUGUACAUCUCAGACCGGGCAUUUCACAGUCUGCAGGAGCUCCGCUCUCUUUACCUGAAUGACUCCCUCCUCGCACCGGCUGUGGCGCAGCUCUCCAAUGCAUUGCAUGGAGACAUUUUAUGCAACCUCCACCGGCUGGAGCUAUCUGGCAACCGGUUGAAAACCAUACCCAUUUCAAGGUUGGAUGCAUUCAACAUUCACACUUUAGUUUUAACCAAUAACUCAAUUGAGAACAUUGGUAAAGAGGACGUCUCCAGUUUGUACCGUCAAAAGCAAGUGCGCGUCUAUUUAUCACUAAACCCGUUCAGGUGUAACUGUGAGCUGGAGUCGUUCUACUUCUGGUUAAAGAACUCUUCUCAGUGUGUGGACGCCGCGCGCCUCCUGUGCGCAGAGCCUGAUGCCAAGAAGGGGAUUCCAAUAGAGUGGUUACGCGGUGAGGACGUGGAUUGUCUCAAUGAGAACCUAGAGGCGGUGUCCUACGUGUUCCUGGGCAUAGUCCUGGCGCUGAUCGGCAUAGUAUUCCUCAUGGUGCUCUAUCUAAACCGGAGAGGAAUCAAACGGUGGCUCAACAAUAUCCGCGAUGCGUGCCGCGACCAGAUGGAAGUGUAUCAUUACCGGUACGAGCAGGACUCCGAUCCCCGGUUGGCUAACGUCGCCGUUUAACGUUCAAUGUUCACUCGUCA